AUGCUCGGGCCUGAAUCAGCGCGACGGCUGCCCCACGCCCACGCCCAGGCUGCACAGGGGUACUCGCCCACGACCUACUCGAACAACGACGAUGAGUACGAUGAGUACGAAGAGUACAUCCGCCACGACGGGCCCCACGAUCGUCAGCGCUCGACACCAUAUUCGAUGAAUGCGACGGCGGCGGCGAAUCCGACUCGGAAUCAACAUCCACGCCGAGUGCGCCAAGACACGCGCGAACCGACCACCGCGAACGCGCGUCAUGGGCCAUCGAGCUCGCCUGCCUCGCCGCACGAACACACCCCGAGGACAUCAUCAAGGCCGGCCUCGCCUUCGUACCGCGAUGCGAUGCCCUCGCCCUCCGGUAGCCACAAUCGAGGGCACGUCGGCGCCAGCACCUCGUCGGCACCGUCGUCUUCGCAGCAGCCGACCGCCUCGAUCAGCCUAGCCCCGCAGCCGCGAUCACGCGAGUCGAGCAAGAACGCCGUCGAGCACCUCCACCACCACCCCCACCCUCACCAUCAACCCCAGAACAACUACUACGGAAUAGGGACAAGCACAUCAGCAUUGGACCGACUCAAUUCGACGAGGCGACUGAUGGCCCAGCUCGAUCCCGACGACGCCGAGUCGAUCGCGCCCGAUCGCGGCACCUGGGCCAGCGACUGGCGCGAAUCCGUGAUCGACCGUGACCCGAACCGCAGCAGUUUGGAAGUUGACGACGCGGCGCAACGUAGCUUGGGCCAGGGGUACACCACCCGAAGUGGUGCUGGGUUCCCGAGAAACAGUUCGACCAGCGUCGUCACCGUUGACGGAGGCGAUCCGUUCCCUUACUCGGUGAGUUCUCGAGACGGAACAGGGGGCCCGGAGCAGCAUCGCCACUGACACAAUUGAUAUUGGGCGCGCGACUGGCAAUCCAGGCCUACGAUGGGAUGCCGCUCUACGACGACUCGAUCGAACACGGAAUACUGGCCUCUUUCCCUAUCGCGUCCACAGCGGACAACCAUCGACCAUCGCCGCUGAAUCUGAUACCACCUCGAGGCGGCGCCGGCGCCGAGUCGCAGCAUCAGACACUCGCUCCUUCUUCGGAUCCCUUACGGAUAGGCGACAACUCCCCAUCAACCGAAGCGUUCCUUUCCGAUCCAAGAGCACUACUUGCCUCGACACCGACUCGAGAAACAUCUCUCGGGCCAGAGGAAUCGAGUCGGGCGAACCGACCGGAUCUCAUCACCAUACCACCGCAUGGCGCAUCUCCGCCAACCUUGUCAGGCUCCAGCUCUCCGACAUGGUCCGUUUCAGUCGCACAGACCGGCCGGGUGGCCUCGAGAACGAGUGCGCGCAACUUUUCUCGCCCCUUCGUCGCGGUCGAGGAGCCAACUACGCAAAACGAAUUGGCCGUGCCUCCGCUGCCUCCGCAAUACGGCCGCAACCAGGUCUCGGGGUUCGAUUCGUCCGACUCGAUCGACCAACUGGCUCGACAGAGCUCUCUUGGGCAUUCCUCCAGCAUCGGGCACUCGACGAGUGGACACGAGAGUUCCAUGGGGCACGGGGCGUCGAGCCAGGGCGGGCAUUCAUUGUCGAGCUCGUGGGAGGAGAGAAGGCUGAUGGGCCUGAGAGGAGUCGAGCUUGCCAAGCGCGAGAUGUUGCUCAAGAGUCACUCGGGAGCGAUGGAACGACUGAAGGAGGAGGAGAGGGAUGAAUCAACGGAGCGAAGGGCUCGUCACUCAGAGUCGAGCGGAGCUUCGUCUCCGGAGGGUAAGUCGCAUCUUCCCAUCCCCGCUGCCAGUCCCGCCAUGGCGAGACAGCUCCCGGCAAUUUCGCUCUCAACAACGGAUAUUCCUGGAAGUAUGUACCCUGAGCGAUCCUCCUCGACCCGUCAUAACUCACCGAUCGACCAAUCGCCGCAUCCUCACCACCCCGCGUUCGAUCGAGACGCCUCGUCAACCUCCCCAUCGCCUCGAACUCUGCCAAUUGCUCCGUCGCAAGGCCAAUCUCCAUCCUCGCCUCAUCUGUCUCCCUGUCUCAAUCCACCCGGUCCCAGCGCGGACCCUAGAGUUUCGCUCCUUGAGAAUCCUCGCGCCCCACCUGCUCCCCCGCUCCACCUCUUCAACAGCCCCACGUCGUCUUCGUAUCACGGUGGUUUUGACGGCCAGUCCUCGAGUCCGGUCGAAGCCCGGUCAGUGCAAAUGCCGUCCCCUACCGCGAGUCCGCCUCGGCAACGCAACGUCCUGCGCAAGCGUCGGCCUUCGGAUGCGGCAGCUCGAGCCAAAGAUGGCAUCACUCCUCCACCGGAGGGGACGAUGCCGUCUCUUCCACAGUCCACGGCUCUGGCGAUCGAAGUUGCGCUCCGAGAGGACCCGUUUGCGGCUUCUGAAGGCCAGUCCGGUCGAUGGGCGAAGUUUCGCUCACGUUCGCAUUCGAGUAAAACCAAGAUCCGUCCCUCGUACGGGCCCGAAGCGGACAUGGCGGCCGAGUACGAGAGGGAAGCCGAUUCGGCCUCGGUGCCCCACAUCACCUUUGAGCCUCCGAGUCGACCGACAGGCGACUUGCGAGACUUGGUUCUGCGUGCCAAACAACUGAGCGAACAACGGCAUGCGCUCGAGGCCCUGUCUCUGAAGCCGAGUGUCGCAAAGAGUGCGGCGGCGGGCAUCGUGCAGCGCGGCGAUGGGAAGGAUCUGGCCCCUGGUUGGGUGCAGAAGGACGGUGAUGGGGAGCCUGAGGAUGAGAUGGAAUCGCUUGCGGUCAAGUCCCUCAUUCGACCACCAGGGAUAAGUCCCAAAGAGCGAAGCGUCUCGGAUCAAGGACCUCAGAGAUUGUACAGCGAUGCAUCGGAGGAGGAGAAUGGGCUCUCCGUCUCGGUAUCCCACGCUCGACCUGGGACGGCAAAUUCGCUCUACUCCAACUACUCGUUUUAUUCUUUGCCGACCACGAUGGGCGCGUCGGUCUUCGGUGGGUCCAAACCCGGUUCGAUCCGCUCACCUACCGAGGCCCAGCAGUCGCAUUCUUCGCCGCGCGCGCCGAGUUCUAUGUCCAUCUCACACCCGACGUUCGAAAAAGCCAAAGCUGGGAGGAAGGUCGAGAUGACGACCACGCCGGAGGGGGAGGUGGUGCCACGCAACGAGCCGCAGACGUGCGAGGAUUAUCUCAGUGAGCUCGGUUGGAAUAAUAUGGUCGUAGGCCAAAAAAUGGGGGGAGCUGACUUAGGGUUCUCGACAGUUCUCGGCAUUCAUUAUCACGAGAACGGCGAGUUGCCUCGGGCGGCGUGGUACUUUGAGCAAAGCGCAAAACAGGAUGGCGGAUGCCCGGCUGGGAUGCUCAUGCAUGCGUAAGCAAAACCAUCUUCACUGUUGCAUCGAAAUGUGGAGCAGCCUUGCUGAUCCCGUCCCGAUAAUAAAUAUCUCGGUGUAGACUCACACUCCGGCAUGGCUGGGUUCGUCCCUUCAAUACAUCCUAGCCUAGUAUGCAGAUCGAGAUACGCGGCAUUCACACUUAUUUUCUAUUUCACAGGGAUGCCAAGUGAAUACUCAACUCGGAUUCAAGUACCUUCAAGCGGCUGCUGAAUCCGUCGUCGAGGAUAUCGAUCACGAGAAAGCAGGCGACCACGAUACCAAGGCCUCCAAGGUCGGUGCUACCCCUGUAAUUGAGAGUCGGCAAUAGUGAAAGCGGUGUGCUGAACGAACAUACUUUGGCACGACUUGUGCAGAACGAGCUGGUGCUAGCUUUGCACGAGAUUGGCGUUUCAUUUCGAUUUGGAUGGGGCGUGCCUAGAGAUAAGAAAAUGGUCAGUCCGACGCCGCGUUGCGACCCAUUGCCACCUGCCAGAGCUGACACAGCGCAAGGUCUUCUUUGUCCACACAGGCCGUGGCGUACUUCACCCUCGCCGCCGAUCUCGGCGACGUCGAUGCGCAGACCGACCUCGCGUUUUGCUACGCCAACGGUAAAGGCUGCAAGAAGGACCUCCGCAUGGCCGCUCAUUACUAUCGAUUGGCCGUCAAGCAAGGCGCGGAAAGCUUUGGCCUGAGCUGGAUUUGGAAGGCCAAGUACGACUGA